AUGUCUUCCAGUCUGAACAUUCUUUCUCUCGGGAGCCCUUUUCCUGUGCACGCGAAACUCCAGGACCACAACCACGUCCCGUCUCAAGCACGUCUGUCUUCGGAGUAUAUGCCUUUUGCUGCGCCGUCGACUGCUACGAUGUUCUUGAUCGCGCGCGUGUGGAAGGAGUACCACCUCGAGCCGCGCACGCGCUUCAACCCGCCCGUCACGUCCGUCAAGCGCGUUAAGGGCUCCGGCGCGGACGUCAAGACGAACCCGGAGCGGUCGCAGUCCAGGGUAUCACGGUCCCUCAACAGACUCUCUGAAUCCUACUCAUCCACCCCCCACUCCGGCUUCUGGAAGCGCAUCUGCAGCCCCGUCACGUCCCAGAUUCGCCUGAGGAUCGUCGUGAGCGGCGUGACGAGCCCGUACGGCCCUCGCUCCGGGGCGGCGUACAACAUCGCGAGCGGCACCGCGAGCCCCUCCUCCCCGUCGCCUUCGCCCUCGAGCGCGCCCGCGUCCCCCCUCGCCACGAACCGUGCGGCGCGCUUCCCUGCGGGCGGGAACACCGCCCACUCGCGCGAGAGGUGGCCCCCAAGGACGACCGUCGCCGGUGCGCCGUUGACGAUGCCGUCGCAGUAUGGGCCCAGCGGGCGCUCCGCGUUCGGGUCGCGGACGUGCAUCGAGACGGGCGCGCCGCGCUCGAGCGUGCCCAGCGCUAGUUCGGAGGAAGACGCAGGGGAAGACGCACUCGAGCACGGGCGGACCAACGCCUCCGCCACACACGUGUGCCCCACGUCGAGCCGCUGCGUCAUCGGGAGCGGGGCGAGCGGCGUCGAGGCGGUGGAGACCGCGCUGGCGAAGGGCGCGACGGGGUGCGUGAUGCUCACGCGUAACGACAAGGCGCGGGUCGCGCAGUUGAUCAUCCCGCGGAACAUCGUGGUCGACACGCUCAUCUCGGCGCAGCCGUUCGGGCGCGAGAUGCCGCUGUCGUUCUUGUGGGAGCUGUCCAUCGCAUGCUGGAGCUAUGGCGGGGCAUCCGAGCUCGUGCCUACGAGGCUCGACAUCGUCAACAUCGGGCAUGCCGCAUGUCAAGGCUGGGCGAUGCGAAUUCAAGGAGACGUGGUCGUGUUCGCCACUGGAUUCAAGAAGCCGGAAGUCGACUUCUUCAAGGACAACCUCUUCCCCGAGAGCCACGACCGGCCGGACCUGUAUCUGCAGAACUUCUCGACGGAGGAGUCAUCUGUCCUGAUGGAACCGACUUUUCCAGAAGACGUAGGGCGAGGGUGCUUCUUGGAGCCUCUUAUCGUGCUUCAAGCUUUCAAGAAGCACGCUAUACACGGGGCCUCGCCCAGAGGACCACGGUCGGAUCCGCUUGCCCCGUUACUCGUAGCGCAGACUGAUACCAGGGCGGCGAUGGGUUGGGGGCUUGUAGGGUUUCACUGGGCUGUAACGACGGGCGAGGGGGUGCUGGCGGACGACGAGGAGGUCAUCAACGCCAACCAGCGCACACUCCUGCUCGAACCGACCGACGUCGCGAACAAUUGCUUCCCCGUUGUCCUCGCCGCCCUCACGUACAAGCGCAGCGGCGAUCGCAGGGUAACCGGGCUCAAGAGAAACAAGUUCAAGGGAAACCUCCUUCCCGGCGGUCUAUGGGCCGCGGCUUACGAGAUCGCAGCCGAGCAGCCUUGA